AUGAAGUCGACAAUAUUCUUGAUUCUAUCAUUAUGGAGAGGCGUUUACCACGCCCAAGCCGCGGCCGUCUUCGCCCACUUCAUGCUAUAUAACUCGGAAAACUUCACCGUAUACGACUGGGAAAUCAACAUCGCGCAAGCCCAAAAGGCCCACAUCGACGCCUUCGCCCUAAACAUCGCCUACAACUACCCAACCAACAACCGCUCCCUCGCAAACGCCUUCACAGCCGCCAACGCCCUAAAUUUCCAACUCCUCUUCUCCUUCGACUACGUCGGCAACGGCGCCUGGCCCGAAGGCGAAGUCAUCGGCCUCCUCCGAAAAUACAGCAACAACACAGCCUACUACCAACACGCCGGCAAGCCCUUCGUCUCCACCUUCGAAGGCUCCGCCAACGCCACAGACUGGUCCACCAUCAAAAAGCACACAGACUGCUUCUUCGUGCCCGGGUGGUCCGCCCUCGGCGCAAAAGAAGCCCUCGCCGUCGCACCAGGCGUCCCAGACGGCCUAUUCUCCUGGGCUGCAUGGCCCGAGGGCCCAGAGUCCAUAGACACAUACGUCGACUCGACGUACAUGCAAUGGCUAAAAGAUACCGGCAAGUUGCCGUACAUGAUGCCCGUCUCGCCGUGGUUCUACACGAACCUGCCCGGGUACGGCAAGAACUGGAUCUGGAAUGGCGAUAAUCUGUGGUUCGACCGGUGGCAGCAGGUGCUCGCGCUGAAACCGGAGUUCGUGGAGAUUAUCUCCUGGAACGAUUAUGGCGAAUCGCAUUAUAUUGGGCCGUUGCAUGAAGGCGCGUACGCGACUUUCGAGUACGGUAAUGCGAGCUAUAAUUAUGCCCUCGGUCAUCCGCAUGAUGGGUGGCGGGAUUUCUUGCCGUUCUUGAUUGAUAUUUAUAAGGGACAUAAGGCGAAUGUUUCCACCGAGGGAGUGACUGUUUGGUUCCGGCAGACGCCUGGGGAUGCGUGUGCUAAUAGUGGUACGACGGGGAAUACAGAUACGCAUGGACAGAAGGAGUUUCCGCCGAUGGAGGUGUUGCAGGAUGAGGUGUUUUAUUCUGCGUUGUUGAGGUCUGGGGAGGGGGUUGAUGUGACUGUUGAGAUUGGGGAUACUGUGCAGGAGGGAUCUUGGAAGGAGAAGCCGCGUGAUCAGAUUGGUAUUUAUCAUGGCAGUGUGCCGUUUGAUGGGAAUACUGGACCGGUGGUGGUGACGGUGUCUCGGCGUGGGAAAACCAUUGCUGAGAUGCGUGGGGCGUCGAUUUCGGAAUCCUGUGUGGACGAUAUCCAGAACUGGAAUGUUUGGGUGGGCUCCAAUUUUGCGAAUAGUACGCCUUCGCAUACGACUUCACCGGUGCCUGCGCCUACGGCUUCGGUCUCUGCGGCCUCGGCGCUGGUUCUGGUUGGGAGACUUCCGUUCAUCGUCGUCUUUGUGGCUGUGGUUGCGACUCUGGUAGCUGCUACGGCGACAUCGCCGGGACAUGAGAGGUUGGUUUUGGAUAUCCCUGCUGUUUCGAAGUUUGCUCCAUCGGCCUAUACUGCUGGCAUUGGAGAUGAUGGACUUGGAGGCCUGUAUAGCUAUGGUAAGGGCUAUGGUAUGGACUCAAUCAAUGGCUACACCUGUACGACAACGGAUGCUGCAUUUGUGCCUUUCGUCUCAAACGAGGCUACGACUUGGGCACACGAUCCGUCUUGGACAUUGAGCCGGUCUUGA